AUGGCACCUUACGCUCUCAUUGCUGCUACCCUUUUGGGCCUAGCCACUGCCCAAACACCAGGAAGCACACCAGAAGUUCACCCCAAGCUCACCACGUGGAAGUGCACCAAGGCAGGCGGAUGCAAAUCGCAGAACACCGCUCUUGUCACCGACUCAGCUGCUCAUUGGAUCCACCAGGCGGGCAACUCAACACUAGGUUGUGGAAGCUGGGGCAGUGGGCCUGACCCGACGGCCUGCCCUGACGAGGAAUCAUGCGCCAAGAACUGCAUCAUGGAAGGCAUCCAGGAUUACUCAACGAUGGGUGUCUACACCAAUGGAGGAGAAGUCCGUAUGGACAUGUACAACCCCAGUGGUGGAGUCGCGAGCCCUAGGCUGUACAUUCUAGCCGAGGAUGAGGAGAACUACGAGAUGUUGCAGUUGACCGGUAACGAGUUGGCCUUUGAUGUCGACAUGUCGAAGCUACCGUGCGGCAUGAACGGUGCCCUCUAUCUCAGCGAGAUGGAAGCCGACGGCGGACGAUCUCAGCUCAACCCAGGUGGUGCUGCGUAUGGUACAGGAUACUGUGAUGCUCAGUGCUAUGUCACUCCUUGGAUCAACGGUGUAGGAAACGUCAAGGGCCAAGGUGUUUGCUGCAACGAGAUGGAUAUCUGGGAGGCCAAUGCUCGUGCCAACCAGAUCGCACCUCACACGUGCAGUACAGACGGUGUCUUCGGCUGCACUGGCGACGAAUGCGGCAAGGCUGGUCUGUGCGACAAGAAUGGAUGCGGAGAUAACCCGUACAAGCACCGAAACUCACCAGACUACUACGGCCCUGGCCUCAAGGUUGACACCACCAAGCCUUUCACUGUUGUCACCCAGUUCCCAGCCAAGGAUGGCGUUCUCCAGGCCAUCGUGCGAAAGUACGUCCAGGACGGUGUCGUCAUCGAGAACGCCAUGCAGAACAUCACCAUGGACCAGGAGUUCUGCUCUGCUCAGCCUGGCGCUGAGAUGUACACCAAGCUCGGUGGCCACAAGGGUAUGGGCGAUGCAUUGGCCCGCGGUAUGGUUCUCGCGCUGAGCAUCUGGUGGGAUGAGGGCGGUGCCAUGCAAUGGCUCGACGGAUCUGCGAACGGUGCUGGUCCUUGCAACGCAACUGAGGGUUUCCCCGAGGCAAUCCGACAGAUUGAGAAGGCCCCUACAGUCACCUUCAGCCAGAUCAAAUGGGGUGAAAUUGGGUCCACGUUUGCCGAGCAGAACUCUACUGCAUUCCGCUGGAAGGCGUAA